AAAAAACAAUAACAAAUUUACUAGAUUCACUUGCCCUUUGGAGUAAUUCAGGAAAGGGAAAGGAGAGGAUUUUCAUCUCUCCAAACUCACUCUCUCUCUCUCUCUCUCUCUCUCUCAAUGGCUAUGGCUAGUGGUGUUUCAAAUUCUCCAUCGAAUUUCCAUCUUCUUCUUCUUCUUCUUCUCGUUCUUAGCGUUUCAUGGUUAUGCACCUUCGCAAACGGUUCAAAUUCAACAACCAUAUACGAUGAAUUAAGGGCAAAGGGUCUUCCCGUAGGGCUUUUACCAAAGGGAAUAACGAGGUAUGAGAUCAAUGGAACCAGUGGUGAAUUCCAGGUAUGGAUGAAAGAACCAUGUAAUGCAAGGUUUGAAAACGAGGUUCACUAUGAUCCUAAUAUUAAGGGUACCCUUGGUUAUGGCAAGAUCAAAGGAUUAUCUGGUAUGACUGCUCAGGAACUGUUCUUAUGGUUUCCUGUUAAGGGCAUUCGUGUUGAUCUACCUAGCUCUGGUCUUAUUCACUUUGAUGUUGGUGUUGCUGAUAAACAAUUCUCUUUGUCUCUCUUUGAAGAUCCCCCUGAUUGCAACCCUGAGGUUGAUGCUGAUAGUGAUGAUGUGCUGAGGGCCGUUUGGUAGAAGAUAAGCAUGUUGCUGCAUUUCAGGAUUAUAGAUCAAAUAGAUCAAUCAUCUUAGCUGUGCCUGUGGUUGGUCUUGUGAUAUUGUUUCUGUACAGUCAGUCUUUUUCUUUUUCUGCUUGGAUUGGAAUCAAUCUCUCCUCUGUCAAGGGACAAAGGAUGACAAUUUUGGUGGUCAGCUACCUUGGCCUAUGGUUUUGGCAAAAUCUGUGCUAGUCAGGAAUGUUGGAUAUGGUUUGAUUUUGCUAAAAGUGUUCUAUAUAAUAAGGUUUUCUUAUCUUUUUUUGGUAUUUUUAUUUUUGCGCACAAGUUUUUCAGGUUUGUUUUAUGUAGACUCAACUAUUUUAAUAAAAUAGCAUAAUGUGUUGGUAGUUCUUGUACUGUGACUAAUUUGAUUUGAUUCCCUAUGCCUACAUUUAUAUUGCGAGUACCCAUUGUUCUUUUA